AUGUAUUCAACAUCGAACGACUCUUCAAGAAGCGCUAAAAGACGAAAACUACGUUUAAUGUGUACUGAUUUAACAUGUGAUAUUGAAAAAAAUUCUGAUGAAAAUAUUCCCAAUAAAUAUCAGUUGUCUGACAUAAAAGAUUCAUGUCAAAUUGAAUAUAAUGGACAAUUUAUUCAAUUUAAUGUUCAACAAUUAAAAACAAUUAAAAAAAUAGGUGAAGGAAAUUUUGGUAUUGUUACUCUAACUCAACUUGAACAUAGACCAGAUGUGAUUUUCGCAUGUAAAAAAAUGACACUUGAAAAUCAUGGAAAUAAUAGUUAUUCGUCAGAAAGUGAUUUAAAAGCAAUGAGAACAGUUGGAAAUGAUCGGCAUCCCCAUAUAGUUCAUUUUUAUGCUGCUCUUAUUGAUUUAAUUGAAGGACAAUUAAUUAUCUGUAUGGAAGUUCUUGAUGCAAGUCUUGAUAAAUUUUAUCCAAUUCUUCAUUCAUGUUUUAAACCAACUAAUAUUGUAUUAGAUUUAUUUAUACGAAGAUUAGCAAAACAUAUUGUUUUAGCACUUGAUUAUCUUAAAUCAAAAAAUUUAAUUCAUCGAGAUAUAAAACCACAAAAUAUUUUAGUUGGACGUCAAUCAAUAUUUAAAUUAUGUGAUUUUGGAAUAUGUGGGACUUUGAAAGAUUCACUUGCAUCAACUCAUCGUGGAUCAUUAAGAUAUUUACCUCCUGAACGUCUUGGUAAUGUUUGUACUUAUGGAACACGAUCUGAUAUGUGGGCAUUAGGAAUGACUCUUUUUGAAAUAAGUCAAGGCCAUCUACCAUUAGAAUCCGAAUCAAUUAUGUCAUUUAUGUAUCAAAUAAAAAAUGGAUGGGAACCUGAUUUACCGUUAACACUUUCACAAUCUACUAGAGAUUUACUUUCCAUAUUACUUCGUCAUGAUGUAAAUCAACGUCCAAGAUAUUAUUCUGAUAUAUUAUCAAUGGAAUCCAUGAUUAAUAUUCAAGAUAAUCCAUCUCAAGAUGAAAUUGUUUUAAUUAAUCAAAUCAUUGAUCUAGUAUUACAAAAAACACCAGAAUAA